AUGAGGAAUCUUUCAGUAGUGACUCAGUUUAUCCUGCUGGGCAUCCCACACACAGAGGGUGUGGAGACCAUGCUCUUUGUCCUGUUUUUGUCUUUCUACAUCUUCACCCUAGUUGGGAACUUGCUCAUACUCCUCACAAUUGUCUCCUCCACUCGCCUUCACACCCCUAUGUACUUCUUCCUGUGCCAGCUGUCAGUGUGUGACAUAUUUUUCCCUUCUGUGAGCUCUCCCAAGAUGCUAUUCUACCUCUCAGGAAAUAGCAGAGCCAUCUCCUAUGCAGGCUGUGUGUGCCAGCUCUUCUUCUACCAUUUUCUUGGUUGUACUGAGUGUUUCCUGUACACAAUGAUGGCUUAUGACCGUUUUAUUGCCAUAUGCUUUCCUCUAAGAUACUCAAUAAUCAUGAACCACAAAAUGUGUGCCAUCCUGGCCACGAGGACAUCAAUUUUUGGCUGUAUUCAGGCUACUUUUCUGACGACUCUCACCUUCCAGUUGCCCUACUGUGGUCCCAAUGAGGUGGACUACUACUUCUGUGAUAUCCCUGUGAUGCUCAAGCUGGCUUGUGCAGACACGUCAGCCCUGGAGAUGGUUGGGCUCAUCAGUGUGGGCCUGAUGCCCCUCAGCUGCUUCCUCCUCAUCCUCACCUCCUACAGCUUCAUCCUUUGCUCCAUUCUGCAGAUCCGCUCUACUGAGGGGCGGCAUAGAGCCUUUUCUACCUGCAGUGCCCAUCUCAUGGCCAUCCUUCUUGCCUUUAUGCCAGUGGUCCUUAUAUACCUCCAGCCCACCCCCAAUCCCUGGCUUAAUGCAGCUGUUCAGGUCUUGAAUAACUUGGUGACACCUAUGCUGAAUCCUUUGAUAUAUAGCCUAAGAAAUAAGGAAGUAAAAUGUUCUCUAAAGAAAAUUUUUCUUCCAAGAUGCAUGACAUCACUAGCUCUAUGUAAAAACAGUUAA